AUGGUGGUCAACCAUUUGAUCACGCAGGAGAACACCAAGGAUCUCCUCCAGCUUGAUUUGCCAUUGAUAGACCUCUCAUGGAACAGAGACAGAGUGAGCAAACUCAUUGUGAGAGCUUUUGAGGAAUUCGGUUUCUUCAAGCUCAUCAAUCAUGGAGUCUCUGAGGAUAUUAUUCAGAAUGUUGAGAGAGAAAGUGAGGGGUUCUUUUCAUUACCUGCUUCAGAGAAGCAGAAAGCUGGACCUCCCAAUCCUAUUGGUUACGGAAGCAAGAAGAUUGGGUUUAAUGGAGAUACAGGGGAGCUUGAGUACCUUCUCUUCCACACAAAUCCUUCUUCUAUCUACCAGAGAAUUCGAACUAUUAACAGGAAUGAUCCCAGAAACUUCAGUUGUGCGGUGAACAAUUAUGUGGAGGCAGUGAAAGAGCUCUGCUGUGAAAUUCUAGAUAUAUUAGCAGAAGGAUUAGGGCUUGAAGACAGAAGCAGCUUCAGCAAGCUUGUGAGAGAUGGAGACAGCGACUCUCUCGUCAGGCUAAAUCACUACCCUCCCUAUCACGCGAACAGUAACUCCAGAAAUAAGGACGAGAAGGUCUGCACGAGAGUUGGAUUUGGGGAGCAUUCUGACCCUCAGAUCCUAACCAUCCUCAGAUCCAACGACGUGGAAGGCUUGCAAAUACAGUCUCCCACAAACGACAGGGUUUGGAUUCCAGUUAAAUCAGAUCCUUCCGCUUUCUUCGUCAAUGUUGGUGAUGUGCUCCAGGCUAUGACAAAUGGAAGGUUCGUGAGCGUGAGGCAUAGAGCCAUGGCGAAUACGAGAAAGUCAAGGCUAUCCCUGAUGUUCUUCGCCGCGCCGUCGCUUGACACUUGUAUCUCUGCUCUGCCGGAGAUGGUCACGGGAGAGAAGCCACAGAGAUACAGAUCAUUUACAUGGGACGAAUACAAGAAGGUAAUGUACUCGCUAAGAUUGGCUUCGGAUCGACUCAGUCUCUUUCAGUUGGACAACAAGGAAGAAAAUGCAAAAUAAUUAGUUGAUUAGUUAAGUUUGAGAUUGUAGUUCUCUGAAUUGUUUCUGAAAUAGAGAAGUGAUGAUUAGGGAGAAAUUAAGUAGGUUUAGUGGCAUUAAUUUUUUU